AUGUCAUAUGUACGUCGUUCAGCACGCGUCUCUGCACUUCUAAAGUCUGCAGAAACGAAACCAAUAACCAUUAAGAAGCUCGCUGAAAAAGCUUCUGAUCAAGACGUGACAAAGGCGAUUAAGAAGGAAACUACUAAAGAUCGUGACAUUUCUAUUGAGACUGUAAAACAGGAAAAUGGACUUAAGGUUGAAAAUAAAAAACGUGAAAACAAUAAGAACAAGGAUAUGGAUUCUCAAAAACCAAAAAAAAAAGUUCGUGAAAGAAAACAUGAAAUAAUUUACGCGCCAAGGGUUUCGGGUACUAAGAAAUUGGUUGGUGCUCACGUUAGCAUUUCAGGAGGAAUUCAUAAUGCUAUACAAUAUAGUUUAUCCAUUGGAGCAAAUGCAUUUGCCAUUUUCCUACGAAAUCAACGUAGAUGGGAUGCUCAACCUCUUGAUCCUGAACAUGUUUCCAUGUUUCGUGAAGGUUGUGACGAGAAUAUGUAUCCAUCUGGUUCUGUGCUACCUCAUGGAAGUUAUCUAAUCAAUCUGGGUAAUCCUGAUCAAGAAAAGCGUUCAACUGUUGGACAAUGUACGCUAGAGGAAUCUAUACAACAUAUCGCUGGUUGUAUUAAUAGAGCACACGAUGCGACAAAAAGUGUCAUUUGUGUAGUUGAAAAUAUGGCGGGUGCUGGGAAUUCCGUGGGAUCAAAAUUUGAAGAACUUGGUAAAAUCAUUUCACUGGUCAAAAAUAAGAAACGUAUUGGUGUGUGUAUUGAUACAUGCCAUGCGUUUUCUGCGGGGUAUGAUCUUCGCACAAAGGAAAGAUAUGAAGAAACUAUGACCGAAUUCUCUCGUCAUGUUGGUUUCCAAUAUUUAAGAGGUAUGCAUUUGAAUGAUUCUCUCAAGGAACUAGGUUCUCGUCGUGAUCGACAUGCAAACAUUGGUAAAGGUUAUUUGGGUUUGGAACCUUUUCGAUUAAUUAUGAAUGAUAGUCGUAUGGAUGAAAUACCUUUAAUUCUAGAGACUCCCGUACCUGACGAUGACUUUGAAAUUUAUAAAAAGGAAAUCGCUCUUCUAUAUGAGCUUAUUGGUAAGCAAACAUUGGCCGAUGCAAAUAUUCCAAAAAGUUUUGUGAAAAGCCUUGGUAUGAACGAAAAUGAAAUUUCAAAGUCCUCGGGAAAAAAGAAAAAGGUCGAAAAAAAUUCUGAGAUUGACGAAUCCAUUGUGAUUGUUCCACAAAAGAAAAAGGCUAAAAUUAAAUAA